AUGGCGGGGAAGCUGGGGCAUCUGCUGACGAGGCUGCACCUGGCGAGGAGCCGGUCGUCGCCGGCGGACGUACCGAGGGGCCACCUGGCGGUGUACGUCGGGGAGGGGCGGAAGCGGCUGGUGGUUCCGACGGCGUGCCUGAGCCACCCGGCGUUCGUGACGAUGCUAAAGCGGGUGGAGGACGAGUUCGGCUUCGACCACCGGUGCGGCGGCCUCACCAUCCCCUGCGCCGACGAGGGCGACUUCGCCGACAUCGUCGGCGGCGUGGACGGGCACCACUGA